AUGCCUAGAAUCCACGAUCUGGACACGUUUAUCCAGCGAAGUGCCUCGAUUCUGGAGGCGCGUCCCGACACCACCCGGCUGUCGCUUACCUACAAACACCAGGUGCGAAAAGUCGACCCGACACGAGAAGCCACUCCCGAGGCUGAGGAGGACGAGGAUUCUGCUGCUGCCCAGCCCAUUUUGUACGCCAAAACCUUUGAUCCCGUCUCCGGCGUGUGUUUCCGAAUCAAGAUCACUCGUGCCAAGCAGCUGAAUCGGCUGCUUAGUGCCCUGGGUCCUAGAGGAGUGGAGAUCACCAAGGUGUCCAAGAAGAAGCGAACAAACAAAAAGGCCAAGCUGGACAAUCAGACCGAGGACGUCAAUAUGGAGGAUUCUAGUGCUCCUGCGCCUCUCGCCCCCGGAUCCACCGCCGUUGUGCGAGAAAAGGGCUUUGCUCUGACCAUGAGCAACACCGAGUACGUUGAGAAAGAAGAGACUCCUGCGCCCGAAGCUCCGAAGGAGGUCGCCCAGGAAAAGAAGGAGAAGAAGGACGGCAAAAAGAAGGGCAAAAAGCGAAAGUAG